AUGAGUACAACUAUCACAGAGGAAGCGCCUGCAAGCACCACGGUACACUCUUCCGGAGACCCAGAUCUCGCAUUCAUUCGUGACGAAACAAGCGCUCCACCCAAAUUCUCCGAUCCAUACGAGGAGCGAAAGUACCUCAAACAUCGACUCGUCCUUGCCUUUCGUGUCUUUGCUCAAUUUGGAUUUAGUGAAGGUGUUGCUGGCCACAUUACAGUCCGAGAUCCCGUUGACCCUACGAGCUUUUGGGUCAAUCCGUUCGGCAAGCAUUUCAGUCUUAUGAAGGAUGAAGACCUCAUCCGUGUUGAUCAUACGGGAAAGGUUGUCGAGGGUGGCAAGAAUAAACGGUUGAAUUAUGCCGCGUAUACCAUCCAUUCUGAGAUUCAUACUGCCCGCUCGGACGUGCUAUGUGCAGCACAUUCUCAUAGUGUUUAUGGUCGUGCUUUUUGUGCUACUGGGAGGACACUUGACAUGCUUACCCAAGACUCCUGUGUCUUUUAUAAUGACCAUAUUCUAUACUCCAAUUUUGCUGGUGUUGUGCUUGCCUCCGAAGAAGGAAAAGCCAUAGCUAAACAGUUAGGCCCAAAAAAGGCGGCUUUAUUGGGCAACCAUGGGCUUUUGACCGUGGGAUCUUCAAUUGAAGCGGUCGUUGCGUGGUUUGUUUUACUUGAUAAAUGCUGCCAGGUCCAACUGGCUGCUGAUGCUAGUGCGAAUGGCACGGGAAAGCCCUUGGUGAAAAUUGGAGAGACGGAAGCUCUUUCGACAUGGCAAGCCCUUGGUCAUCAGUCCGGAGGUUAUUUCAUGGGAUUGCCUCUUUUCCAAGUGGCCGAACGAGAAUUAGGGGAGUCGACGUUCCUCGGACGAGGACUAGAGCCGGAUGAAUAA